AAAUUGGAGACACAAUGAAGAGUCUUUUUAUCGUUAUUGUGGCACUGCUGGCCGCUGCCCAGGCUGUUUCAUUCACCGACCUUGUCCUCGAGGAAUGGGGUACAUUCAAGCUCCAACACCAGAAGAACUAUGAGAACGAUGUCGAGGAGAGGUUCAGGCUCAAGAUAUUCAUGGAGAACAAAUUAAAUAUUGCCAAACACAAUAACAAGUAUGAGCAGGGAUAUGUGUCGUACAAACUCGAUAUGAAUAAAUAUGGAGAUAUGCUGCAUCACGAGUUCGUACGCACCGUAAAUGGCUUCAACGCAACAAAAAAAAUGGGCUUGAAGAGUGGCAAGAAACCCGUUGGCGCAAAAUUCCUGGAGCCAGCUCAUGUUGAACUUCCGAAUUCUGUUGACUGGAGAGAGCAUGGCGCCGUUACACCCGUCAAAGAUCAAGGCCACUGCGGAUCAUGCUGGGCUUUUUCUGCAACUGGUAGCUUGGAAGGUCAACAUUUCAGACACAGUGGCUUCCUGGUUUCCCUCAGUGAACAAAACCUGGUCGAUUGCUCUAGUAAAUAUGGAAAUAAUGGCUGCGAGGGAGGUCUCAUGGAUCAGGCAUUCCAAUACAUCAAGGAAAAUCGUGGUCUAGACACUGAGAAAUCCUAUCCAUACGAUGGAGAGGACGAGAAGUGCAAGUACAAUCCACGAAAUGUUGGUGCUGAAGAUGUUGGCUUUGUCGAUAUUCCACAGGGCAAUGAGGAGAAAUUGAAGGCAGCUGUUGCCACUGUAGGCCCUGUCUCCGUUGCUAUUGAUGCAUCACACCAGUCAUUCCAAUUCUACUCUGAAGGUGUUUAUAAUGAAAUCGAUUGUUCGAGUGAGGAAUUGGAUCACGGAGUCCUUGUCGUUGGAUAUGGAACAGACGAGAAAGGUAUGGAUUACUGGCUCGUCAAGAACAGCUGGGGACCCUCAUGGGGUGAGAAGGGAUACAUCAAGAUGUCUCGUAACAAGAACAACCAGUGUGGUAUCGCCUCCUCAGCCAGCUAUCCCCUAGUUUAAUGAUCUAGCCGAUACUUCAAGUAAUAAAAUGUGAUGAGUGCUGUUCGGGGGUAAUUGAUAUUUUUCUAUUGUAAAUCUCCCGAAAUCCCUCAAGGCGUGAUUGUGAAGUUUUCCUUAGAAUUCCAUGACGCCAUGAACAUUGGUGAUUGAGCACCAGAUGAUAUUCUCUUAACUGUUUAACGCCUGGUAUUUUUAAUGAUUUUGACUCCAUUUUUUUAUAUCCAAAGUAGAAAUUGUAUUUUUAGAAUUAAGGAAACAUGUGAUGAAUAAAUAAAUUCAGAUUGGUGAUUCA